UCUUUGGGAAAGAUGAGUGCCGCGCGUUGGAUAGCUCUGUGCACCGUUAUGCUGUUCCAUCAGGGAUCAGGGCAAUUUCUUGAUAAUGAUUGUUUAGCCUUAAAUCCUAAGAAUAGUUCCAAUCCUUGGAAGGCAGAAAUUUGGAAAGGUUCUAAAAUAAUCUGCACUGGCACGCUAAUUAAUAAACAUUAUAUUUUGACAGCUGCAAGUUGCAUAAAAAAUCAAAAGGACCUUAUCGUUCGUUUAGGGAAUGGCCAUUCUGAAAAUAGGAACGAGAACUUUAUAGCGACAAUGGCCUAUUUUCCCAAGACAUAUUCCGAGAAGACUAAGAAAGAUAAUAUAGGUUUGCUUAGACUGAAAACAGAAGUGCAAUAUAAGACCCAUAUACAACCGAUAUGCAUUACUAAGAAUGAUGAAUAUAAGACUAUAGGGGAAACUUUUGAAAUAUUCAAUAAGAAACCCAAAAAAAAGAGUUUUUGGAAUAUCGCAAAGUCAUUUUUUAAUGGCUCCGAUGAUGACGACAAAGAAGAGAAAUUUCUAUCAUCCAAUUUCAUUGGAAGUGAAACAAUCUUAUUUGGACCUAUGAACCGAAUCAUACAACAAGGGAUCCUAAGCUAUCAGAAUAGAGAAACAUAUGCUGAUGUCUAUACGAAUGUAUUUGCCUAUAUUGACUGGAUAGUACCUAACGCACUAGAUGUCAACGUCGUUUAUCCUGCUCCAGAGUGGACUCAUACAAAAUUUUAGUGUACUAUUAAGUAAUUAUUUAUUACUUUCUUUUAUAUUUCACUUAAAUUAUAAAAUGCGGAAACGCUUAUAUAUGUUAAAUUAACUGAUAAGCUUAUCAUUCAACAAUAUAUUCUCAGUAAACUCGACGUUAUGAGUUAGUAAUGC